AUGGAAAGUCAUGAAAAUUACAGAAGUUACCACUCUGAUAACUCUAGUUUUUUUGAACCUAAGUAUUUCUUAAUGUUCAUGAUAUUGUUGUUCGUCCCUUAUUUUCUUUGGAAAAAUAGCAAUACUAAAUAAGAGCCAAUAAAAGAUAAAGUUUGGAAAAAGUUUGCAUUUUCCUAUUAAGAUAUGAUGAAUACAUUUGAUCAAACUGAUAGGGAACUUCUAAAAAAUACUUUUCAUAAUACAAUCUUUAAUACAAAACCAUCUCUUGUUACCAAAGAUGUGAGAAAACUCAAUAAAAAAAAACUCAGCGUGUAAUUUGAUUUAAAUAAGAAUGUAACGCAUUUGUUUCAAUAUAAUGGUUGUUGA